CCGACUUGGCCAUAAAUAUCGGGAACCUUGGCCUCGACCUCUACCAGUUUUAUCCCCCUCUCCUCCCGACCAUGGUCUUUGCCAAUCUCUCGCAAAAAGACAAGGAUGCGUUCUUUGCACUGCUAGACGAGUACUUUGAAUCACGACCCGAGUUGCUCGCGGGUCUCCAGGGUGCUUCAUCGAGUACACAUCACCAGCAACAGACGAGCGUAGGGUCCACCAAGUCGAAUGCCAGUGGCCAUGCGACAAACACGCAUUCAGCGACGACCACGAAUCAUCAUGCAGUGAAUACGGCUCCACGCCCUCCCAUGCGCAACUUUGGCACGAAUCAAUCGAACACGAGUGGUGGUGCGAAUGGAGCGACGUCGCCCGCUCCAUCCGUCACGUCUUUUUCGAAAGGAAGACCCGUUCCGCCUACAUCGAAUAGUGGUAAUGGACUUGCUAGUCCACCUGCAAUCCCAUCGCGUACUCAGACGCCACGUGUCGUCGAGCCCCCCGCGGAGGAAACGUCAGAAAGAGAAGAUAUUGAUGAAGCACCGGUUUCCGUGUCUAGUCGUAUCGCAGCGGCUCAGGCUGCUUUGGGAGGAGGGAUGGGAAAACCGCCCGUCCCGAAUCCUCGUCGCACCUCGGCCACGUCCUAUACCUCUCAAGGCUCUACAGCCGAGAAAGCACAGAAUUCUCCUCCUCCUAUGCCUGCUCGUAGUACACCUACGCGUGGAACGACAACAAAGACAAAUUCCACCCCAGCUGACUCAAACUCGAACGGGUUGGUGAGCUCGAGGGGGAUUGGUAGUAUCGACACGUCCUCGGCGGGUGCAGCGGCGAGUAGUGUGUUUAGUUUCAAGGGAGUGGGAAAGAAUGAAAAGCCCGCUGCGAACUUUGCACCUUCUCAGCCGACGUUCCCUAGGGCCAAGACGAGGGAUACGUUUGCUCCUCCGCCUAGUCGACGGGAAACUCAGGCGGCACAGCCU